AUGUCCUCCUCCUGCCGCACGAUUCUGGCCGAGCUCGACGCAAGUAUCGUACACGAAGCUUGGUCAACAUGCGAGCAGAUCCUCGCGUUCAUGAGUUCCUUUAGCGUGUCUGCGCGCAACACCUUGCUCUUCCUCCGGACGGCACGGACCCAGGCCAUGGCGGAGAAUGGCAGUCAUGUAGAUAGCGAUCGCAAUCUGGCCCGACAGGACCAGGGACAGGGGCAGCUGCACCUGCAGGAGAACCUUUUUGUAGAUCCGAAUGGACUUUUUCUGAGCCACUGGGAUGCGUCUGCCGAUGAGUUGGAGUUGGGGUUUCUAGGGCCAUUUGAUUACGGGGAGAUGCAGGGGUGGCUGGGAGACAGCUCAUAG